AUGCACAGAGAUGAGCAAAGUAACAAUUUCCUUGAUCAGUGGGUCUUUGUUUAUGAAAAGGCUUACCAAGUGCGAGACACAGCAAUUGAAUCUUCAGUAAUGACCAAGGUAAAAGGUUUUGGAGUCUACAAUGACAAAGUCAUGGAUGUUGCAGACUACGUCAUGCCAACACAGGGUGCUUCUGUCUUCUGCAUCAUUACCAAACUGAUAACAACAGAAAACCAAGUUCAAGGAUACUGUCCAGAGAGUGAAGAUAAAUAUAUUUGUACCCAUGACAGCAACUGUACACGCCUUGUUAACAAGCCAGGAAGUUAUGGAAUUCUUACAGGGAGAUGUGUUGCUUUCAAAGCUACUAUCAAGACAUGUGAACUUAAAGGGUGGUGCCCUGCUGAGAUUGAUACCAUAAAAACCACACCAAUGAUGGAAGUGGAAAAUUUCACAAUUUUCAUCAAAAACAGUAUUCGAUUUCCAACCUUCAACUACACAAAAGGCAACUUCCUCCCCACCAUUACUGACAAGUACAUCAAUCAAUGCAACUUUGACAUGGUCAACAAUACUUACUGCCCAAUCUUCAAAGUGGGAGAUGUCGUCCGCUAUGCGCAACAGAACUUCACCAAACUUGCAGACAAGGGAGGAGUGAUAGGAAUAAAGAUUGGCUGGAUAUGUGAUUUGGACAAAUCAGACGACCAGUGUAACCCUUCAUACUCAUUCACCCGACUGGAUGCAAUGUCUCAGAAAAAUGCUAUCUCACCUGGUUACAAUUUCAGGUUUGCCAAGUACUAUAAGAUGGAAAAUGGGACUGACUAUCGUACACUGGUGAAAGCCUAUGCAAUAAGGUUUGAUGUGCUUGUCAAUGGAAAUGCAGGCAAGUUUAACAUGAUUCCCACACUUAUAAACAUGGUGGCAGCCUUCACUUCAGUAGGAGUGGGCACUGUGCUGUGUGAUACAAUACUGCUGAACUUUCUGAAGGGAGCAGCGCUGUACAAGGCCAAGAAAUUUGAAGAGGUAUCGGACUCACUGGAUUCUCAAAACACCAGGCUUUAUCGCAGCCAGCUUUAACUUCAAAACAAUGAAGGUUUUAUGGAAUAUCAUUUAAGAAUGUAUAUGCAUAUAGACAAAAUGUUUGCAUGGUAAAAGUUAAUCUGUUUGUUCAAAAAUACAAAUCAUUGGCAUUAAAUUUUAACAAAGAAAUUACAGUGGAGCCUCGGCUGAAAAUUCGCUUUAU